AUGCUGGACCUGCGCAAAUUAUUAGGCGCCGAGCGCGACCUCGCGGCGGUGCCUGUGCUGGACGAGGCAAGCUUCCGUCGGGGCGCGUACCGCGACGGUAGCGUGCUCAAGUUCCGGGGCGUGGUGCGCGACGUGCAGGACCCGGAGCUCGUGCUGCUGGGUGGCGAGCCACCCGCGCUCGAGGACGGCGAGGCCGUGCGUAACCAGUUGGUGGAGCGCGUACCCCUGACCGUCACUUUAUUCCCGCACGCGAGUGACUGGGCUACGCGAGCGUUCCAGUCAUUGGUCGAAAAGACAGGCGAGAGUGAUGGUCGUUGCACUACCAGUCAGAGUGAUGGUAAAAAGGCAACUAAGGGCACCAAGCGCCCCGCGGACGAGGAGGGAGCGCUGGACGUCGAGGCCACUGAGAUCCAGGGCGAUACCCACGCCAAGAAGCCCAAGGCGGCCGACCUGGAUCAGACGGGGGCCCAGGAGGACAGCCUGGUGCUGCCCCAGGCCGUCAACAUCUACGUCUACGACGGCCAGUACAAGGACACGCCGCUGGACGCCUUCAAGGUGAACGAGGCCUUCGAGUUCGUGGGCAUCUUGGACCUGAUGGUGCCCGGCACCGACGCCAAGAAGGACGAGGAAGGGGAGAGCGUGCUGAGCGCCAAGCAGCUGGAGGAGCUGCAGAUCUCCGACUGCAUCGACGAGGUGCAGCGCAAGGGCCGCUCGGGCGUCGUGCUGCACUGCUGCCACGUGAGCGCGCUGCAGAGUGUGCAUCACGUUCGGCCGCACGAGUCCAGCGAGUUCUACCAGCAGAUCCUCGAGAGCAACGACUCGAGGACUAAGUUCUGCCGGGACGAGUGGACGAAGCUGGGCCAGGAGAUGACCGUCGUCGCAAUGCGCCAGCAGAUCAUUGAUUACCUGGCCAAGGCUGUGCGAGGUGACACGCUCGCGGCGGAGUACUUGUUGCUCGGGCUGCUGUCCCACGUCUACUCGCGGGCGGACCCUUCGACGCCGCUGGGCAAUCUGUCGCUCAACUUGUCGCUGGACAAGUCUUCAACCGACGAGCACAAGAGUGACUUCCUGUUCAGGGUUCAGCAGACGUUGACGACUUUGAUGCCCAUGGUGGCGAGGGUGGAUUUGUCGUUGAAGGAGCUGAAUUCGACCAAGUUCAUGCCUCACAAGGAUUACGAGCGCGAAGUGCUGCUGAGUGGCGUGCUGCAGGUGGCCAAUGGCACCACCAUGCUUGUGAAUGAAACUGCGUUGACCGCGGGGCAGCUGAACGACCAGGGCGUGAAGAACAUUGCUGCGUUGCAGUCGCUGAUCGAUAAGAUGCUGCUACCGUACGACUUUCACUACUACAACAUGGAUUUCCCGCAGGAUGUGGCCGUCGUCACCGUGUCAGAGGGCAAGAGCAUUCUGCCUGUGACAGUGGCCGUGCCGAUUGUUGCUGCAGAUGAAUCUACCACAGCGGAGCUACCGGAGGAGCAGGUAUUAGAGUGUUUCCGCGUGUUCCUUAGUGUGCUGCGCUCGAUUGUGGUUACGAUCGGCAACAAGGAGGCUGAAAUGGCCGAGAAACAUUACGUGGAGUGCCGCAAGUCUCAGCAAAAAGUGGCGAUCUGCACCGCUGGCUGCGUCUCGCUCGCUUGGUAG